AUGCCUGACGUGGUCCGGCCCUACCUCCGGGUCGGUCAAGAGUUUCUCGUGGCGGGGGGGUUCGAUGACCUUGAGUUGAAAGAUGUUGCGCGGGCGGUCAAAAGGGUGGGACCAGCUGAGUUCCACGACGGGCCAAGCGAGGCUUACCGUGGCAACCACGCCGAGGCUGACACCCGGGUCUGGCUCCAUGCGCGCGUCUCCCCUUACCGCGUGGUCACCAUCUACUCGCCAGACACGGACAUCACCAUGGUUGGCCUCCUGAACUGCAGGAAGUGGAGAGAAGGGGGUUCAGGAGAAACGAAGCAGGUUUACGUGCAGAUAUGCCGCCCCGAUGGAAAAGACACUGAGGCGCAGUUCGUGAGCGGGACGGACGGCAACACGCUAGCGGACUGGCCUCGGCAUCGGGUCGAGUCUGUGACGGGGCAGGUCGGCGCAGAGGGGGAUCGGGCAGAGGAGGGGGCUGGCGGCGAAAGCGGGCUGAAUUGUGGAAUUGGGCGCCGGAGCGUGGGGGAAGGAGAGAGCGAAAGAGUGACAGAGGGAUGGGCAGGGGUACCGCGCGAACAGCGUGCGGCUCUAGGUGCUUUUCUGAAAUUGAUCGGCACCAGCUACUUUUACAAGCACAAGGCGCGGUUCUCCAGCCCCUCAGCAGCUCGCUCGUUUAGCUCUUUUUCGGACGCGGACGAUACCAAUCUAGAGGCGAUCAGCAAAUGGCUGGAGCACUUGAGGGAGCAGACCUGGGCGGCGGUGCCUAACGAGGAAGAUUGUCUGCCCUCAUUUGGAGCCCUAUACUUCCAAUACCUAAGAGGCCUUUUUGCCUUGAAGAUGUGGGAACAGGCCUGCAAUGGCCAAAUCAGGGUGCCAGCCAUCACUGCCCACGGGUACUGUCAAACCGAACGGGGGCUGGAGCUGCUAUACGACUACCAAAGGAGGAUUGAGCAGAUCAAGGAGCAGGUCGCAACCGUUUUGAAGGGGUGUGGAUGCAGACGACAAGGAAGGAGCAUCCGACCCACCUUCUUGGAGGAGGAGGGUGCAGAGGACCAGUUCGUGAUCCUAGUGCAGCAGGAGGUUGUUGACAGAGAGGGCCAGCUUAGGCUUAGCGACGGAGAGGAGGAUGAUGAGGAAGAGGUCGAUGAGUGGCAGGACUGGGAUGAGCACCUGCCAGAAGCAGACAGCGAGGAAUUAGAGGAGGCAGCACUAUCCUGGGAUGUAGCUCAGGCGACAACGGGGACGACUCUGGGUCGGAAAGUGGUUCUGAAGUGGAGCAAGACAGCAACGAAGGCGGCGAGGUUUGAGGGAAGGCAUGAUCAG